AUGUGCUUUGCUCCAUCGGGAACUCACUACGAGCUGAAGAUGUUGAACGCGGACUUCGUGGUGCAGAAGAUGAACUACGACUUCAUGAACGUGAACAAGUUCCCAAGGGGCAUGGAAAGAAGGGCACCAAUCGCCCUGUGUUCUGGAUGGAGCACCAUGGUGAACUAUGGAGCUUUUGGUGUUGGGCAAUCUUCGUAUGCCUCAACUGCAACCCCGGCAUCUUCCAGCCAGGGUGAAGGCACGUGGUAUCAAGAUGGCCGAGGAGGCUACACCUGGUGGGACUAUGAUGAGGAGACUGAGGAGUUCUACCACCAGGACGCUGCUGGAACCUAUUGGGCCCUCACGGACUGGGAUUCACGACAUCAGGAAUCCUACCUCACUGAGGAGCAGCAGAAAGAGCUCGACCAGGCCUAUGCCACCUACGAAGGGAAAUUCAGGAGCUUCACAGAAAGCCGCAACCUGAUGCACCAGAAGCAGUUGGGAAGAGGCUUCUUUCCAAAGGGCGGCAAGGGCAAGAAAGGAAAAGGAGGUGGCAAGUUCCGACCUACAACAUCGACCUCAUCGUCUUCGACUGGACGAGGAAAAGGGGCAGCCAUGUCCGCUGACGUGAUGGCUGCUGGAGUCGGAACACCGGGCUAUACAGGCUGCUUCAUUUGCGGCAGCCGAGAUCAUGAAUUUCGCCAAUGCCCUCGCAAAGGAGCAGGACGCAAGGGCAAGGGUGGCAACAUCUACGUCGUGACGGAAGUGGUUGGGAUCGUGCCGGAGCUGGUCGGCCAUGUCUCGCAGCCCGACUUAGAAGGGUACGCCGUUCUCGACACCGGCGCGACAGAGACAGUCACUUCGUUAGAAGCUUUAGAGUAUGUCAUGAAGAAACGUCGGGCCCUCUUCGGUGAUGAGUAUGUUGAAGUGAUUGAUGGUCCUCCCAAGUCCUUUCGAUUCGGAAACGGCCAAACCAUGCCAAACAAAAUCUUCGGAAAGCUUCGUUCUCAUUCCACAGCCAAGCUGAAGGAAAAGAACACGGGCCGAGCGCUGCAGCGGAAGGACGACAAACUCGACUACUCCCGGACCGUGCGCGCCGACCCUCGGGACCCACGCACAGUGGGCAGCCCCUGCUUUGGGAGCCACGAACCGGCAGCUCCAUUCCGAGGGAGUCCAACGGGCGAGAACGCGCACCAAGUGCAAGUUGAGACUGGAGUACACACCUGCAUUGCAUGGGGAGCUCAUGCUCUCACAAGGCAGGCCGGCGCAUUGCCGGUGGAUGUGGAGCGCCAGCUGGACAGCCUCAAGGAGAAGGCACCCUACAGCGACCUCCUGCGCAACCACGAGAUCGGCCUCGACGGAGCCGAGCGCAGCUGCCUGGAUCGCCUCGAGAAGAUUCGCCACCGCAAGAACUACAACAGGUCUUCACCAAGCACUCCAUCGACACGGGCCACGGACGAGACGACGGUGAGGACGGCCAGCGAAGGGUAUCGCAGUCCCUCGCAGCAGAUGCCUCUUCGGCCAAGAACGCCAGUGAUCGAUGUCGAGCAAGGAGAGGCGCAGUUCGCUGACGCCGGAGGAGCUGGAGGCCGCAGAGAGGGAGCGCAACCGAUCUCCUUCGACCCCGAGUUGGCUGGAUGUGGAAGAGGCGGAGCGGAAGACUCCGUGAACUAUGAGGAGAAGAACGACAUCGAGCCGGACUAUGAGCUCAUCAUGGCGGAUGAGACGGACGAGAACUACCACGACGACUUCACCAUCCUGCAUUUGAAGGAUGAGGAGAAGAACUAUAUGGUGAACCUCACGCAGGACCACUUCAUGGACCUCGAGGACGAGAUCUAUGCCUGCGGAGGACUUCGAGAAGAAGAUCGGCUCGACGUGCUGGAGCUUUGCUGCGAAGAGAACAGCCUCCUGGCGGACACCAUCAACAAGAUGGGUGGCAAAGCUGAAAGAGCCGGCCUAUUCAAUGGCUGCGACAUCUUGAAGGUUGAAGGCGGCAACAAAAGUCCCGACGCCUCAUCAAGCUGGGAAAUGAACUACAUGCUGAACGGUGGUCACGUGGCUUGGGAGUGGCCUCGCUACAACGAUGGAUGGUACUUUCCAGAGGUCCGCUCUUUCCUGGACUAUGAGGACCACAACUUUGAUGGCUGCAUGUUUGGCCUCCGUUCACUCGAAGGCUUCCACAAGAAGCCGUGGACUGUCCGCUCAAGCAGAAGUGGUGUCUUCGAGCUCAUGGAGCGGAAAUGCAAUGGAAGCCACACCCAUGUUCCUCUGGAAGGUGGCUGCAGGACGAAGAAGUCAGCUCUCUACACCACCUCCAUGUGUAGGACAGCAGCCAAGUGCAUCCUGGACAACCUGGACACCGCCUACGAUGUGUUCGGCGUUGAGACCAUCAAGAUCGACCGUGAGAGCCUCAAGACUAUGACAGCUCAGGAGCUGGAGAGACUCACGGUGACGGUGAUGAAACUACACCGGAGAUGUGGACACCCAAGCAACCGGGCUUUGGUGAGAACUUUGGCAGCCCGGAAUGCCGAUGGAAAGAUGCUGGCAAUUGCAGAGCAGCUCAAGCGCGAUGAAUGCCAAGAAGGCCAAUUCAGUCCACCAAUGGGCAACGUGUCCCUGGAGAAGGAGGAGAAGAUUUGGAACACGCUGCAGAUGGAUGUGAUGUUCUACAAGCACGGAACCAAUGUGCACCACUUCCUGAUCAUGCUCGACGAGGCCAGUGGAUUCUCCAUCUCGGCAGAGCUCAUGGUGCGCACCGAGGACCUGCAUGCCAACGUGGACACCCCCAGCGUGAUCGAGGCGCUGGAAGGCUCUUGGUUCCAGUACUUCGGCCAGCCAAGCCGCAUUCGCUGCAACUUAGAAGGUGCGUUCAGAGGCCGAGAUUUGGAGGCCUUUUGCGCUGAAAGAGGGAUUGAGCUUCUGCAAGUCCCAGCAGAACACCACCAAAGCACUGGGGACGUGGAGCGGCAGAUUGGCGAACUUCGCCACAAGGUUGAGUUGUUUUUGAGAAAUGAAGAUGUUCCACCUCGACGAGCCGUCUACAGCAUGACCAGUGCCCACAACAACAUGCGCCGCAUCGGUGGCUACUCACCAUCACAAUGGGCUUUCGGACGGCAGGUGGACAAUGCAGACAACGUGGCGAUGCACUCUUCAGAAGGAACCUCCGACACUGCCAUGUCCCAGAACCUGGAACUUCGCCUUCGAGCUGAGAAGAAGUACCUCGAGCUCCAGGCCAAGGCCAAGAUCAGCAGGGCGCUGAACUCCAAAACAAAGAUUUCCUCUCGGUUCUUGCCAGGAGACCUGGUCUACUACAAAAGGUACAAGGUGUCGCAGGACUUCCCCGCACAUAACCUGGUGGACCAGCCUCGCCUACGGAUCAGCCGCUGGUAUGGGCCGGGCAGAGUCCUGGCAACAGAAACCCGACUGCAGGAGCAAGGCACUCGUCGUGUGGCAGCUUCCACCAUCUGGGUGGUGUCCCAAGGACGAUUGAAGAAGUUCCAUGUAGACCAACUUCGCCACACCAAUGAAAGAGAGCGACUGACCUGCAGCGACACUUCCAUGGACGCUGACGGCAAUUGA